AUGUCUUCUUUGCUAUAAUCCUCUGAGUUUUUUUUUCUUCUAGUGAAUCCAUGGCCACUCGACCUCUCAUCUCUCUGCAACUUCUUUCUUCUUCAUCUCUUUCAUCUUCUUCGUUAAACCCAACACCACAAUUUCUCUUCUUUCCGAAACCUGAACUAAUCAGUCACCAUAGAAACAAGAACAAGUGGAGAACAAGUGUUCAUCAAUCAUCAGCUAAUCUCAUCAUUCACCCUUCAAUCAUCUUCCUAAGUGGAAGCGGCUUCGAUGGCGGUGGAGGAUUCAUCGAUACACAAACCUUCAUUGUCACUAUUAGUCUCGUUGUAGCCAUUGCUCUUUCUCUCUUCCUUGGCUUCAAGGGAGAUCCAGUGCCAUGUGAAAGAUGUGGUGGAAAUGGCGGUACGAAAUGUGUGUUCUGUCUAGAAGGGAAGAUGAAGGUGGAAUCAGGCAUGGUUGAUUGCAAAGUCUGCAAAGGUUCAGGUUUGAUUUUUUGCAAGAAAUGUGGAGGUUCUGGAUACUCUCGUCGUUUAUAAAAAAGUUCUUACUAUGUUUAAUAUUCACCAUUGGUCCUUUGGACAAUUAUGAUAUUCUAACUUGUUUAUAGUCAUAUAUAUAACAAAACUGUGGUGCAUUUUGCUUGUGUAAUUGAUGGUCAGCCACAGUUUUUUCAAUUUCA